CAGAAGAAGAACGAGAGGAACGUCUGAAGUCGAGGAACAAACACACACUCAUCUACGUACUGUAUCCUUCCAUCCAUCUACUGGACUUGUGUGUUAAAACGUUACAGAAGCUGAAAAAUGAAGGGCAUCCAAGUUCUCGCUGGUAUUCUAUUUCUCCUCUUUGUUCAAAAAAGCAUUAGUGCUUCACUACAAGACGACAGCACAAGCACAGAGACAGUAGAAAAUCUUCUACCGAAAGGGCAAGAUGUCACGACCGUAAAGAGGCAUUCAGAGGGGACGUUCUCAAAUGACUACAGCAAAUACCUGGAGACCAGAAGAGCACAAGACUUUGUUCAGUGGCUCAUGAACUCCAAGAGAAACGGGGGUCCAAUCAGACGUCACGCUGAAGGCACUUACACCAGUGACAUCAGCUCGUACCUGCAAGAUCAGGCCGCCGAGAACUUUGUUGCGUGGCUAAAAUCCGGACAGCCCAAACAACAUGUUGCAGGCAACAGAGGUGCAGAUCUGCCCCGCAGGAGGCAUGUAGAUGGCAGUUUUACUAGUGACGUCAACAAGGUUUUGGACAGCAUAGCUGCUAAAGAAUAUUUAAAAUGGGUGAUGGAUUCAAAGACAUCAGGGGCAAGUGGAAAACGGGCUGAGAAUUGAUGAAGCAGCAAUGGGCUUAAAAUUGGAUCCUGAGGGGCCUUCAGUCAUCAAAUGAAUGAAAGCCAUAUCGCUUAAAGCCAAAACUCUGGAAUCUAAAGCUAAAUUUUUUACGUUUAAGCACUGUAGUUAUUGUUAUUUAUUUUCCCAUGAGUUAAAGAACAUUGUGUAAGUUAUAGGCUAUAUAAUAUUUUUUUAUGAUUUUAUAUGCGUGCGACAUUGAAGGAACAUGUUAAAAACUCAGGCGAAUGCAUUAAUACUCAGGAAAAA